CGGAGCCGCCGGGGCCGGGGCCGGGGCCGGGAUGGCGGCGGGGGGGGCCCGGGAGCGGGGCCGGGGCCGGGGCCGCUGACAGCCGGGGCCGCGCCGCCGCCACAGCAUGUACGGGAAGGGCAAGGGCUCCGGCGUGCCCUCGGACGGACAGGCCCGGGAGAAGCUGGCGCUGUACGUCUAUGAGUACCUGCUGCACGUGGGGGCCCAGAAAUCAGCCCAGACCUUCCUGUCCGAGAUCCGAUGGGAGAAGAACAUCACGUUGGGAGAGCCCCCCGGCUUCCUGCACUCCUGGUGGUGUGUGUUCUGGGACCUGUACUGCGCCGCUCCCGACCGCAGGGAGACCUGUGAGCACUCCAGCGAGGCCAAAGCCUUCCAUGACUACAGCGCGGCGGCGGCUCCCAGCCCGGUGAUGGGGAACCUGCCCCCCGGUGACGGCAUCCCGGGGGGGCCCAUGGCCCCCGCCUUCUUCCAGGGACCCGCGGGCUCUCAGCCUCUGCCCCACAACCCCGGGCCCCCCCUGCUGGGGCCACACAGCCAGCCCUUCAUGUCCCCCCGGUACCCCGGCGGCCCCCGGCCCCCGCUCCGGAUGCCGAACCAGCCCCCAGUGGGUGUCCCGGGCUCGCAGCCGCUGCUGCCCAACGCCAUGGACCCGGCGGUGCGGUCACAAGGGCAUCCUGGCAUGGGGGGCCCGAUGCAGCGCAUGAACCCCCCCCGAGGCAUGGCCGCCAUGGCCCCCCAGACCUAUGGCAGCGGGAUGCGGCCCCCCCCCAGCUCACUGGCUGGCCCUGGCAUGCCCACCAUGAACAUGGGUCCCGGUGGCCGCGGGCCUUGGCCGAACCCCAACGCCAACUCCAUCGCCUACUCCUCCUCGUCCCCUGGGAACUAUGUGGGUCCUCCCGGGGGUGGUGGCCCCCCUGGCACCCCCAUCCUGCCCAGCCCCGGAGACUCCACCAACUCCAGUGAGAACAUGUACACCAUGAUGAACCCCAUCGGGCCCGCGGGGACCCGGCCCAAUUUCCCGAUGGGGCCCGGACCCGAGGGGCCCAUGGGGGGCAUGGGCGCGAUGGAGCCGCAUCACAUGAAUGGAUCCUUAGGCUCCGGGGACAUGGACGGGCUGCCAAAGAGCUCCCCCAGUAACCUGGGGGCCCUGAGCAACCCCCCCGGCACCCCCCGGGACGACGCGGACCUGAGCAGCAACUUCCUGAACCCCUUCCAAAGCGACAGCUACUCGCCCAGCAUGACGAUGAGCGUGUGAGCCCCGCGAGGCCGGACCCCCCCGGAAUCCUCAUCAGUGAUCAAUAAUCAAUGAUCAAUAA